GACUGCACGACAGGGGUAGUUAAGUAAUAUUGAUAUUCAUUUCGGGUCAUAUAAGUCAAGCAAGUUCCUAUUUUUGGCCUUUCAAUAAUUCUCAACUUCAGUUCCAAUUUGUUUCUUGGGUUCUGCUGAUUUCAGAAGUUGGGAGUGAGUCUUCAACCCUCAGCUCAUCGACGAGGGUGGACGGUGGCAAAUGGAGUCAAAAAAGAGCAAGAUACUGAUAAUCGGAGUAACAGGCCGUCUGGGUUCUGAACUGGCCAAGGCCAGUCUCAAUUCCUUCCAUCCCACAUUUGGACUUGUCAGAGACUCAGCAUUCUCUGACCCACAUAAAUCCCAAAAGCUUCAUGCCCUUUCCAGCGCGGGCGUUACACUUAUCAAGGGUUCAUUGCAAGAUGAAGAUAUCAUGCUUGAAGCACUCAAGCAAGUUGAUGUCGUGAUUUGUGCCGUUUCAGCUAAGCAAGUACACGAACAAAAGCUUCUGAUUUCUGCUAUCAAACGAGUUGGUUGCAUUAAGCGGUUCCUCCCUUCAGAGUUCGGGUCAGAUCCUGACAGAAGUCAAGUUUCUGAUUUGGACCACAACUUCUACUCAAGAAAAUCCGAGAUUAGGCGUAUUAUUGAAGCUGAAGGCAUUCCUCACACCUAUGUCUGUUGCAACUUCUUUACGAGUGUUCUCCUACCGUCACUUGUUCAACCUGGUCUGAAAGCCCCUCCAAGAGAUGAAGUCACCAUAUUUGGUGAUGGAACUGCUAAAGGUGUCUUUGUGAAGGAAAAUGAUGUUGCUGCGUUUGCCAUAAAUGCAGUGGAUGAUGCACGUACUCUGAACAAAGCGCUAUACCUGAGGCCACCGGGAAAUGUCUAUUCAAUGAAUGAGCUGGUAGGGAUUUGGGAAGGAAAAAUUGGGAAGACGCUAAAGAAGAUUUACAUCACCGAAGAUGAACUCCUGAAGAAAAUCAGAGAAACCCCAUAUCCUGAUAAUAUGGAGUUGGUUUUCAUAUACUCUGCAUUUGUUAAAGGAGAUCACACAUUCUUCAGCAUUGAGUCUUCUGGUGGUUUGGAAGGGACGCAGCUAUAUCCACAAAUAACAUAUACCACAAUAAGUGAAUUUCUGGAGACCUUGUUGUAAUAGUUGUUGCAGCAUGGUCUUGACAUUACCUGAUUCUGCUGGCCUUGCAUUUGCAGGUACAGCUUAUCAUGUGAUUGAGAAUCCACUCUGGACAAUCUAACUUUUAGGAUCUAUGUGAAUUAGGUAGAGUCGCAAGUUAGUCUGUGACAUUUAGUAGUAUUAGAUGGAUGCAGAAUUAUCCUUUAGCAUAUUUAGUAUCUCUUUUAUGAUCCUGUUUAGAAAAAAGGGGUGGCUGGUGUGGAAGUGGUAAUUAAUCCUCAAAAAGCAAGAAGGGGUUACUUUGACAUAAGAAACGAAGGUGAAAAUGGUGAGAAAUUUAUUAGUGUUUUGGAUAUGGAAAGGCCAUUUGUAGCAAUGAAGAAAUUGGACAUGGAAAAGGUUGUUUCUGAUAUUAUGGAAAAAGAAUCAAAUGAAUUUACUCUGUUUAUUUCUGGUUUUUUGUUUGUUUGGAUGGUGUAUCAUUUUAGCAUCAAAUUGUAGUUUAAAAUGGGUAUCGGGCAUUUAAUGCAAAGGGUAAGUCCUUUAUGGUA